AUGCUAAGGAUCAGUCUAAGGAUGCUAAGGAUGACUCUAAGGAUGCUAAGGAUGAGUCUGAGGAUGAGUCUGAGGAAGAGUCUGAGGAUGAGACUGAGGAUGAUUCUGAGGAUGCUAAGGAUCAGUCUAAGGAUGCUAAGGAUGCUAAGGAUGACUCUAAGGAUGCUAAGGAUCAGUCUAAGGAUGCUAAGGAUGCUAAGGAUGACUCUAAGGAUGCUAAGGAUGAGUCUGAGGAUGAGUCUGAGGAAGAGUCUGAGGAUGAGACUGAGGAAGAGUCUGAGGAUGAGACUGAGGAUGAUUCUGAGGAUGAUUCUGAGGAUGAGUCUCUGGAUGUAUUAAAAAGAUCUCAAAAAAUCGGAAUGAAGCAUGGGGUCUCUCUGACAAGAAAAACAAGCUGCUACGUGGACAGAUCGGCCCCUUCAGCAUCGUGUGAACCCCCCCUGGGUGAUUUUGAAGCACCUCCAGUGAAUCAAGAAUUGCAUUUGUAUUCAGAUUGCUCAUUUCCUCCUCCACCUCCACCACAUCCUCCUUUCCACGUGAAGGAACUCGCCCAAAAAUAUAUUUUCCGUUCCCUCCCUCUUUCUCGUUCUCCUUCCUCCUUUCCUGUUCCCCGACGCCACGGCAUCCUGAACGGUGCACCGCGAGCUGCAAGUGACUCAGAUGUGUUGAUGAAGAUGAGCGAUGAUGAUGAUGAUGAUGAUGAUGAUGAUGAUGAUGAUGAUUAUGAUGACAUUGAUGACAUUUUACUUGGCUCUAAUGCCAUGUUGGAUCAGGUCGUAGGACACGCUUUCGGGAACGAAGCGCUAUCGCCUUCCAAUCAAAACCUUUCCUCCUCUGGUCUCUGGGGUGCAGGACGGUUUGCAACCCGGGAUUGCAGCUCAAGUUUUUCCACCUCUUCAGAAGCUAUACAUUUCCAUGUCGGUGCCUCUGAUUUGGGUAUAACAACUGAAAGAGCGACUGUAUCUCCUGUGAAACGUCAGUCAGGAGGGUUUUCCCGUAGUGCAGCAUCUUUAUUCUCCACAGCUCCAAUACAAAGAGCAAGCUUAUUGUAUGAUGAACAAGAAAUGUCAGACUUUGGUCUCAUGGAUUGUGCGCUUGAAGAAGAACCCGUUAAACAAGAUCAGCCAAUGAAAGAUGCCCCUCCUGUUCCACUUGAUGAAGCAUCACAUGUCCACGCAGUGCGACGUAGGCAAACGUCCAGACGUAGAGCAUUAGCAAAGCCUGAAGAAGAUGAUCCCUCAUGUGGAAGUUCUUGGGAAGGACAGGUCUACAUGAAGGAACUCGCCCAAGAAUCUCUUCUCCGUGCGCCUCUCCCUCCUGGUGGUCGUCAAAUUCCCUCAUCUCAUCCUCGAGAACAAAAGGCAGCAGAAGUUCCCCGACCUCUCAGCGUCACGAACGGUGCAACGCGAGCUGCAACUGAUUCAGAUUUGAUGAUGAUGAGGAGCGACCGUGCGUCUGAACUUUCACUCGCAGGGAAUGUAUUGUCAUUCGGAAAUGCACCGUCCUAUUCUAAUCGUUCACUUCAACGCCAGUCCGCCUUUCAAGGCCCUCCAGCUCUCUUUGGUUCAGCUCCUAAGCUAGCUCAAAGUUUACUUGGCACUAAUGCCCUGCCGGAUCAGCUCAGUGCGCAAAUGAAAUCACAAGCUCUCAGGAUCAAAGCGCUAUCACCUCCCUUUCAAACAGGAAUCUCCUCUGGUGUCUGGUCUGGACUCUUAAGCAGCUUGAGUCGUCCCACCUCUCUAGGUGAUAGGGAUAUCCAUGUCGGUGCCUCUGAUUUGGAUAUAACAACUGAAUGUGCGACUGGAUCUCCUGUGAUAGGUCAGUCAGGAGGGUUUUCCAGAAGUGAAGCAUCUUUAUUCUCCUCAGCUCACCUCUUAUUAGCUGUUGAACAAGAAAUGUCAGGCUUUAGUCCCAGGAGUUGUGCGCUUGAAGAAGAACCCGUUAGACAAGAUCAGCCAAUGAAAGAUGCCCCUCCUGUUCCACUUGAUGAAGCAUCAGAUGUCGAUGUAAAGCGACGUUGGCAAACAUCCAGAAGUAGAGUAUUAGCAAAGCCUGAAGAAGAUGAUCCCUCAUGUGGAAGUUCUUGGGGAGGACUGCUCCGGGGUAAACGUAGGAUGGGUUUUUUAAAGUCUUCAAGGAUGCAUCAAUCAGCUGUUCAACGAUUCCAGAGGAAGUCAGCAGACCCUGAAGCGCUGAAGCUCAGAUGGACAGAGAUCUUCCAAAUGCAGCAUUCGGAGGGUUACUGGCAGUUCACCACAGAGCUGGGUGAGCUGAUUAAUUUGGAUGUGGACCUCUUCGCCAACGUGUUCCUGAAAAACAAAGGCAUCCAGUCUCUGGGUGUGAAGGCCCAUGCAGACAUCCUGAAGCUGGUGGCGACUCUGCUGGUCCUGCAGCUGAUGAGAGAGGAGAAGAUAGAGGAGGGCAAACUGCUCCGCACCCUCUUCUGCCUGGACGACUCCCCUCUGCCCAGGCCUGAGCGUUGGGAGGAGGUGAAGAGGGCGGUGGACUGGGUCUGCUGGGCGGACCGGCAGUACCCGUGUGUCUACAGCCGGCUGGAGUUUGGAUUCAGCUGGGAGUCCUCCACCCGCCAGCUGCUGGGCUUCGAAGGCCUCCCUCCCUUCUCCGCUCUCAGGGGGCUGAACCUGCAGAAGACCGUCCCCCAGGUCCUGGUCCACUGAGCAGGAUAGUGAGAGGGAGGUUCAUACCCCUUUGCCUUUUUAUGGGGAAUACAUAAUCUAUUAGAUGUAUUUGUAGCCCUUUUAUUAUCAUUGUGUUGGCAUGUUUCAUUGGCUUACUGCAGACCUGAUUUAUUAAACUUAAACUGCUUUGGGCGGAUGUCUGCAUAUCGCCUUUUCUGCACAUCAGCAUCUUUUUUCAAAUGUAUUCCAAUAAGGCGAUAGCUUAUAGUAUUUUACACCGUGGUCUUCAGAGAAAGAGUUGCACCCCUCGUCUUUCUUCUGACCGUUCCACCGUUUUGGUCAAGUUGAAAAUAUUUAAACUUUCCAGAAAAACGCUGUUGACGUCACUGUAGGAAAUGACUGUCUCACUGUCAGACGGUAACCAUCAUAGCAACGACCAAAGAGCUUGUUGGUUGGAGCAGAUCUGCCGGUGUGUGAGUGGCUUUUAUCGUACCGUACACAUAUCAUCCUCCUCACUCUAAAGCUGUCAGACUAAAGCUGUGACGCUCAAUCACACAAAAUGUGAGAACAAGCAUCCUCCUGUUUGUUCUCAUGGACGCAAUGUCAAACAAAUACAUAGCACAAAUUGAUAAUAAAAUCCAAGGGGUGAGGCUAGUCUGUCAUA